AUGACUUCCGUCCAAACCCAACCCAACACAGGAGGCGGUGCCGGUGCCGGCCCUUCUUCUGGACGCAACCCGGCGGCGCUAGCUCAAGAGUAUCAGAGUAGACGGCAGGAGCUGCAGGGACUUGCGCAGAAGAUGGGAGAGCUAGAGGCGGAUGCUGAUGAGCACUUGCUGGUUAUCAAGACGUUGAAGGAGACGGAUCAGGAGCGCAAGUGCUUCCGACUGGUUGGGGGAGUGCUGCUAGAGAAGACAGUCAAGGAUGUGGUGCCGACAUUGGAGACGAGUGUACAAGGGCUGAAACAAGUUAUGGACACACUGAUGAAGCAGUACAAGCAAAGGGAAGAGGAACUCAUGGCCUUCCAGAAGGAACAUGGCGCUUCGUGA